UGUAGAGAAGAAAUACUAACAAGUGCUAGGUGGAUGGACUCUAGGCAUAACUAGCAACCAGCAACUAGCAACUAGCCUCUCCACAGCAGAUGAGUGAUCAGUGUGCGAUGUGAAGAACAUAGGCAAGUAGGGAGUAGUGAGUACCGUCGAUCUGAGAGGGAGAGCUCUGGGUAAGUGCGAGGAAGAGGGGCCGAGGGAGACCUGUAACACGCAAUGCACAAUAUGCCACGGUACGGUGUUGUACGGGACGAGCAAGAGAAGUAGAAGCAGACUCCGGUAGACAGCGUCCGGGCAAUCCCACCGGCAGUAACCAGUAGUGUCCAAGUGCCCAAGUCGAGAUCACUGUUAAAGCUCCAGGAGCACUACCAGUCAAGUCUUUCUCCAGUUAAGGACUGAAAUUUUUUGUCAAAAUUGUUCAAGUGCCUUGAGACCAAUCCGCCUCCUUCCGACCAACCAGACAGAGCAGUUGUUAGUAAGAUGACUAACAACAACGUGACCAAGGAGCAGCAGAAGUCGCUGACGGAGGAAGUGCUGACUUGGAAGUCGAUGAGCGUCAGGCAAAAGUGCAACUUUCUCUUCAGCAACAUAACAGUGGAGCCGAUGGUCGCGUGUUACAUAAUGCCGAGUGUCCUUGCCUCCCUCGCGACGCAAAAUCUGAACCUGGAGAAGGCCUGCAGAGUCAACCUGGGCUACUCCGACGACGUCUGCUCGGCCCUGGCCGCGAGGAACACCUCUGUCUACAAAAAAGAGGAGGCCCAGGUCCAGCAACUGGUCGCGGGGAUGCAAACCUGGAAGCUGGCCCUUCAAAGCGGACUCCCGAGCCUGCUGAUCCUCUUCCUCGGGGCCUGGAGCGACAGGACCGGCCACAGGAAGCCCUGCAUGCUCCUGCCGAUCGUCGGGGAGUUCCUCACCAGCGUCAGCCUCCUCGCGUGUACUUACUGGUUCUACGAGCUGCCCAUGGAGGCUGCUGCCCUCGCCGAGGCCUUCUGGCCGGCGGUCACUGGAGGAUGGUUCACCAUGCUCAUGGCCGUCUUCAGCUACGUCGGGGACAUCACUACGGUCGAGUCCAGGACGCUCAGGAUUGGCACUGUUAAUGUUUUCCUAUCUGUUGGGAUUCCCAUUGGGAUGUCCCUUUCGGGGAUUCUUUAUAUGAAGAUCGGGUUCUAUGGGGUCUUUGCUAUUUCUACUGUGUGCUAUGUUAUCAGUUUUAUCUAUGGGCUCGUGAUGGUUAAGGAGGCUCCCCGGCCGCCCAGUCCCAAGCCGGAAAACUCUGCCGAGAAAAUGUCGCUUUGCAGAAGUGUCGCUGACUUUUUUGCCUUCCGGCACAUUUCUGAGACUUUUAGGGUCGCGUUUAAAGAGGACGCGAAUAAUAGACAGAAGAGGAUUUGUGUUUUGAUGAUUGUUGUCAUGGUUGUGGUCGGGCCUAUGUAUGGAGAGAUGGCUGUGAUGUAUCUCUUCACGCGUUACCGAUUCAACUGGAAUGAACUUGAAUUCAGCAUGUUCUACACUUACUCCAUGCUCACUAAUUUAAUUGGUACAAUGAUGUCUGUGGGAAUAUUCAUUCAUUUUUUAAAAAUAGACGACGCGCUUGUCGGAGUAAUGAGUUGCAUGAGCAAAAUUUUGGCGAGUUUCGUUUACGCCUUUGCCGCUGAAGACUGGGUCAUUUAUUUAGCUCCGCUGGUAGAAAUAAUAAAUGGAACAUCAUUCAUUGCAAUGCGGUCCAUAGCUUCAAAAUUAGUCCCAACAGACGAGCUUGGUAAAGUAAAUUCUUUAUUCGGAGUUUGUGAAUCACUGAUGCCUCUAGUAUACGGACCAAUUUAUAGUUCAGUGUAUGCAGCAACGAUGGACACAUUACCAGGAACAUUUUUUUUACUUGGAGGCGCUUUAACGAUCCCCGCUGUAAUAUCAUUUUUGUGGCUGUACUUUGAGAGCAGAAGGGAUCGGGCGCUGAUGGAGCUCGAAAUGAGGAAGGAGAAGUUUACUAAAGUUGAAGAAUUGGGUGAUAAGGGGAUUAAGAUGAUUAUUAAUAGCGAUAACAAUAAAGAUUUUCAUAGGAAAAUUUCAAUGGCUAAUUCCGAUAAGCACAUUGAAGCUGCUGUCAAUGGUAUUGAUAAUCCUAAUUUUCUCUCCGAGCAUUUAUAAAAUUUACUAAAUUUUUUUAGUCACUUUUUUUUAUUUUUUAAAUUUCAUUUUAAUAUUUUACACCAAAAAAACAUCACAAAUAUUUAUGACUGGUUUAAA